AUGGCAGACGUUAGAGUACCACCCACGGGCGUCUUCGUCCCAGUUCCAACCUUCUUCCACUCCGCCUCUGAUUCCGCAGGCGCCCUCCAGCCCAAGGUCGACAUCGACACGCAAGUGAAGCACAGCGUCUACCUCGCAAAGAAUGGCAUCCGCGGCCUAGUCCUCCUCGGCUCGACCGGCGAGGCCAUUCACCUGAACAAGGCCGAGCGUCACGAUCUCGUCGCCGGCGUCAAGAAGGGCCUCGAGGAGGCCGGUUUCCCCGACUACCCUAUCAUGGCCGGCGUCUUGACCAACGGCAUCGACGAGACUCUCGAGUGGCUCGACGACUACGCAAAGGCCGGCGCUCAAUGGGGUUUGGUGCUUGUUCCCGGAUACUUUGGUACCGCCGCGAACCAGGAGAACAUCAAAGAGUGGUACACUGUCGUCGCUGACAAGAGCCCUCUGCCUAUCCUUGUAUACAACUACCCUGGCGUCACAAACAACGUCCUCGUCGAGCCCGACACGUACAAGGACCUUGCCCAACACCCCAAGAUCGUCGGUUGCAAGAUGUCCCAUGGAAACGUCUCCCUCCACCUCCAAGUCUCCUCCGACCCGCGCAUCGACCACUCAAAGUUCCGCGUCUACAGCGGCUUCGGCCAACAGCUCGCGCCCAUCGUCCUCUUCGGCGCCGCGGGCGUCAUCGACGGCCUCGCCGCCUUCUACCCCAAGACGGUCUCGCGCCUCUUCAGCCUGGCGGAGAAGCGCCCCGUCGACCAGGCCACCCUCGAGGAGGUGCAGCGCCUGCAGUACGCCGUCAGCCGCGCCGAGGACUUUAUCGGCAAGACGGGCAUCAUUGGUAUCCGCGAGGGUAUCAUCCGCAAGGCCGGCUUCGGCGCGCUCGAGGGCGGGCGGUUGCCGCUCAAGGGACGCUUGGAUGAGGGUACUUUCAAGGCGUUGGAUUCGCUCUUGUUUUCGGAUAUUCAAAAGAUUGAGGACUCUUUGUGA